GAGCGCCGCUGCCGGGUGGCGGCGGCAGGCGUGAUGCACGGAUACGGCACCGGGCGGGCGUGCGCCGCCGGGAACUGGGCAGUGAGGCGGGACGGCCACUGAGAGGCGGACCGGGCUGGCCGACAGGCCGCCGCCGUGUUGUGCUGACGGUGAUUUAGCGUCGGACGUUGCAUCCCAGGUUCGCGCCACCAACUCCGCGCCGGGGCGGGACACCGGCCAUGGCUGCGCCGGCGCUGUCGCCGUCGCUGCUGCUGUUGCUGCUACCGACCCUGAUGCUGGCCUUACCAGUCAGCGCUGCCAAAAACAUCAUCACCAUAGGGGCGCUGUUUGACCAGCAUGAGGCGGACCCCGCGCUGGAGAUGGCCUUCAGGUACGGGGUGGAGCAGGCCAGCCAGACGCUGAACGUACCGGACGUGGCGCUCGUGCCGACUGUGGAGCGGGUGCAGACCAGCAACGGCUUCCACACGUCCAAACGAGUGUGUCACCUGCUGAAGCUGGGCGUGGGCGCCAUAGUGGGGCCCAGCGCCGAGCCAGCCGCGUCGCACGUGCGCAGUAUGUGCGACACCAAGUCCGUGCCGCACAUCGACACCACGUGGCGCUAUCGGCGAGGCAGCGAGCACUUCUCCGUCAACCUCUACCCGCACGCGGCCACGCUAAGCAAGGCUUAUGUCGACAUUUUGAAGACUCUUGGCUGGACCAAGUUCCACGUCCUGUAUGAGGACAAUGACUCGCUGGUGCGCCUUCAGGAAGUUCUGCAGAUGCCCGAUAAUAAUAACAAAAUUUCUGCGAGUGUUCGGCAGCUGCCAAAAAACAAAGAUUACAGACCGCUGCUGAAGCAAGUUCAGAACUCUGGAGGCACGCACAUCGUGAUUGACUGCUCAACGGAAAACAUAUUCAACGUGCUCAAGCAGGCGCAGCAGAUUGGGAUGGUCACCAGAUAUUACCACUAUUUCUUCACCAACCUGGACCUGCACACAGUGGAGCUGCACGACUUCCAGUACGCGGGCACCAACAUCACGGGUCUGCGGCUGAUCAACACGACGGACCUGCGCGUCGUGAAAAGCGUCGAGAGCUGGAAGGAGGCGGAGGCGGCGCGCGGCCGCCACGUCCCCAUCACCGCAUCACGGCUCAGUACUGAGGCGGCACUGCUGUAUGACGCGGCGCUGCUCUUCGCCAAGGCGGCCGCUGACUUGCACAGCUCGCGAGACAUCAGUGUGACGUCACUCAACUGUGACCUGGAUGACCUCUGGCCGCACGGCGAGAGUAUGUUCAACUACAUGCAGCUGGUGGAGGUGGAGGGCCUGACUGGGCUCGUGCGAUUCGACACGCUGGGCCAGCGCUCCAGCUUCAGCCUGGACGUGCUGUCGGUGCUGGAGGAGGGCCUGACGCCGUUCGGGCGCUGGGGACCGGACGGCUUCAGCAUAGUCGGCAGCGACAGCCGCACCCGGCAGACGCCAAGCAUCCGCAACCAGAACCUGAUCGUCACCACGCUCAUAAAAGAGCCGUACACGAUGAUGAAGGAAUCUACGGAGAAGCUGGUGGGCAACGACCGGUACGAGGGCAUCUGCAUCGACCUGAUCCAAGAGCUGUCGCGCAUGCUUGGCUUCAACUACACAAUCGUGGUGAACGCCGACGGUGCGCCGGGCACCUACAACGAGACGACAGGCCGCUGGAACGGCAUGAUCGGCGAGCUGCUGGACGGCAAGGCGGACCUCGCCAUCGCCGACCUCACCAUCACGUCCGAUCGCGAGGCUGUGGUCGACUUCACCAUGCAGUUCAUGAACCUCGGGAUCAGCAUUCUGUACCGGAAGCCGACCAAACAGCCGCCCUCUCUCUUCUCGUUCCUCUCCCCACUCUCUCUGAGGGUUUGGGUGUACAUGGCAGCAGCCACCAUGGGUGUUUCUCUGCUCAUGUUUGUUCUAGCCAGGUUCACUCCGUACGAGUGGGAGCCUCCGCAUCCCUGCGCUCCAGACCAGGACCAGCUGGAGAACCAGUUCAACUUCCUGAACUGUAUCUGGUUUUGCAUCGGCUCCCUCAUGCAGCAGGGAUGCGACUUUUUGCCCAAGGCAGUCUCCACUCGCAUGGUGGCUGGAAUGUGGUGGUUUUUCACGCUGAUCAUGAUCUCAUCGUACACGGCGAACCUGGCGGCCUUCCUGACCGUGGAGCGGAUGAGCUCGCCGAUCGAGUCGGCAGAGGAUUUGGCCGCGCAGACCGACAUCAAGUACGGCACGUACGCCGAUGGAUCGACCGCCACGUUCUUCAGAACGUCCAAGAUCUGGCCGUACAACAAGAUGUGGCAGGUGAUGAAGAACGCGAACCCAAGUGUGUUUUUUGACACUAAAGCGGGCAUCAAGAAGGUCGAGGACGAUGAAGGGAAAUACGCCUACUUCAUGGAGUCAUCCAGCAUCGAGUACGUGGUGGAGCAAAUGUGUGAGCUCUCGCAGGUUGGCGACCUGCUUGACAACAAAGGAUACGGAAUCGCCCUACCGCCAGGUUCUCCAUGGAUCAAUCAGCUGAACCAGCAGAUGUUGCGCAUGCAGGAAGAAGGCAAGCUGGCUGCCUUGAAGCGCAUGUGGUGGGAGCGUGACCGUAAAGUAUGCGAAGAAGACGGCGGCGGUUCCAUUGCGUCCGAACUGGAUCUGGAGAACGUCGGCGGCGUGUUCGUCUGCUUGAUGGGCGGCAUGGUGGUGGCCACACUCAUCGCCAUCGUCGAGUUCGUCUUCCACCUACGCGCUCAGACCGCUGACAACAACACAUCAGUCCUGUCCGAGAUGGGCCGCGAGCUUCACGUCAUCCUGCGCUGCCGCGGCAGCACCAAGCCGGCCCGCAUCACGGCCGACCGCCGCAGCUCGGGGGGCAGCGGCCUGGUGGCGUUCCCUAGCGGCGCUGCCGAGAAACAUGCCCCCGCCUUCGCCGGCUACGACACGCCGGCCGUGUCCUGACCGGUCGGCUGGCGGCGGACCGGGGUGACAUACGGCGGUCUGCGGUCGUGUGAUGGUCUGGGGUGACGUGUGGUGACCUGGGAUGACGUGUGACGGCCUGGGCUGAUGUGGCGGUCCGGGGUGACGUGUGGCGGUCCAGGGUCGUGGUGGUUUUGCCUGUCCAGGUUGGCGUGUGAUGGCGGCGGAUGACGUGUGAUGUCCUGGGUGAUGCGUGACGGCAUGGACUGACGCGUGACGGCCUGGGGUAGCGGGCGACAUGACCGUUUGGAGCGACGUGUAGCGAGUUGGGGCGACGUGUGAGGCUUUGAGUGACGUGUGAUGACUUUGAGUGACGUGUGACGGCUUGGGGAGAUGUGUGAUGACUUGGAGUUACGUGUGACGGCUUGGAGUGACGUUUGACGACCUGUGGUGGCAUGUGAGGGCCUGUGGCGCCAUGUAGCGGCCUUGGGUCGUAUCACGGCCUGGGUGACUGGUGAUGGCUUGGGGGGGGUGCAUGUGGCCGUUCGGGAUUAGCGGCUAUCGACACGCGCUCGCAGCCAUCGCACCCACUUUUUCCCACGUUAGGGCGUGCACGGCUCCCUCCGUGCAUCCCUGGUCUGAGGGCACGGUCACAUGCGGCGACAGUAGGCUCGGCCGGCGCCAGAUCGGCAGGUGCGGGGUUGACGUCAUAGAUCCCUCGGAGGCCACAAUGGUGCGGCCUCCGACCCCCGUGCGGCAGCCAGCCGCGAGGACCCGAUCAUGGCAGUACUGGGCUGACCAAUCAAUAUACAUACAUAGAGGUACACUGUGCCGUAGAUCGUCGAUGGGUGCAUGCUGAUGCUUUCCCGUCGUGGUCUCGUGCCUGGACACCAAACAGCAACAGCGUGGGCUUAGGGCCUGUUUUUCACUGAGAGGCCUAAGAGGAGCAGUAAUUUGCGAGCAUUUUCGUUUGAUAAUGACUGAGUGGCAUGUGACUUGACAAUCGGGCUCAUUAACUCACAAAAUACAUGAACAUUGACUGAUCACCAUUACUGUGAGCUGCAACCAGUUCUGUCAUUUACUAGCACCUAAGAGCUCACUUACACGACAGUUGCGCCACUAUGA